UAUUUAUUUAUUUUUUCGCUUAUUGUGGUAAUGAGUGAUCAAUAAUAUUUGAUGUUAAACUCACUAAAAAAAGUAGUUUUUAAUAGAAACCAGUGAAAGAUGUCAUUGAAUCGCCAAAGAAAAAAUGUGUCGCCGCAUAAGGCGUCUCCAUUUUAAACACUUUCAAGGUCUUCGUCAUUUUCUAUGCAUCUAAUGAAUAUAAUUACACAGUGUUCACAACAAUUGCAAAACAAAUGAUUUAUUAUAAUAAUAAAAAAGCGAAAAAGCGCCAAAAAUACUACAUCAAAAUCACAUAUGCUGUGUGCACAAUGCUUAAAAAUAAUGCAAUUAGUGUUAAAACCAGUAUUUCUGCAGCGACUGGGAGUACCGGUGCUGGCAUUAAGAUGGUUUGCAGCAAUGUAAUGAAUGCACUUUUCGAUCGUUUGAGACAAUUAACGAUAACUCCACGUAUGCCAACAAGUAGACUCUUUCUUGGUCCCACAACACAACUGCAGUUUCUCUCACCAAGUUUAACACCACAAUUAACUCCGCUUUUUAAGAAAAAGUCAGAACCUCGUGCUUCCUUAACGAUUUUAGAUGAUGUCUAUCCAACUUCAUCCGAUAGCAGUUUAUAUGGGUCUGAUGAAGAACAAGAGGAUGCCGCACAAUACUGUCGCGGCGGAUACCAUCCAAUAGUCAUUGGAGACGUUUUUGAUAAUCGAUAUCGUGUCGUCCGUAAAUUAGGAUGGGGGCAUUUUUCGACUGUGUGGCUGUGUUGUGAUGUUGAAACGGAUAAAUAUAUUGCCCUGAAGGUGGUAAAGAGUGCGCCAAGCUACACGGAAACAGCUAGGGACGAGAUUCGUUUGUUGGAGACAAUUCGAGAAGCUGAUAGGCACGAUCCCAAUAGAAAUAGGAUCGUGAGACUGCUAAACCAUUUUACUGUACGUGGUGUUAAUGGUGUUCAUACAUGUCUCGUGUUCGAAGCACUUGGAUGUAGUCUAUAUAAGUUAAUUCUUAAAAAUAAUUACCAGGGAUUAGCGAUACAACAGGUUAAAUCUAUUAUUAAACAGGUUUUACAAGGCCUAGAAUAUUUGCAUACCAAAUGUCAUAUCAUACACACGGAUAUUAAGCCGGAAAAUAUUUUACUAGUAAUGGAUAACGCAGCUACAAUGAAUCAGGAAAUCGACGAUGAAAUCAUGAGUUUGAAAGACAUGGGCGUUGAAUUUCCAGACUCCUAUAUUAGUGCAUAUGAGAAAAGCUCAAAAGUGAUCAAGAGCACGGACAGUAAACGAACUAGUUUGGAACUGCAAUCAUCAACUUCCGAAGAAGAUAGUGGAGGAGGGGUCACAUUAAGCACAACGCCUGGCGAAAAAACGCCCGCUGCCUCAUGUCUUUUAGGGUCAAUGCAAAAACGUAGUUUUGAGUUGACUGGGAACGAAAAGAGUGGUGGUAAUGAAGUCAGUGGUGCUGCUUCUUUAGGACGUUUUCGUCUGGAACGACGGAAUAGUAAGCAGCAAAAUGGAAAAAUAAUCCUCAAUGAAGGAUGUAAAAACAUUUCAACAGAACUGAAUAGUAACAAUGGUAGUAAUAAUAAGAAACAUUAUCAAACGCAAAUGAGCCAAAAAUCAAUGGCAUCUCCAUUAUCGCAUUCGGCUUAUCAAUCAGCGAUUCAGAAUUUAAUAAACAAUCACAACGUUCAAGUAAAGAUUGCAGACUUGGGAAAUGCUUGUUUUGAGAAUAAUCACUUUACGGAAGAAAUUCAAACGCGCCAAUAUCGUGCAUUAGAAGUACUUUUGGGGUCGCCAUACAGUUAUUCAGCAGACAUUUGGUCGGCUGCUUGUCUUGCCUUCGAGUUAGCCACUGGCGAUUAUCUUUUUGACCCGCAUUCUGGCGACACUUAUGGUCGGGAUGAGGACCAUUUGGCGCAUAUCAUUGAGUUGCUUGGAAAUAUUCCGCCUAGUUUAAUAUUUCGCGGAAAGUAUGGAAAGAAGUAUUUCACUAGCUAUGGAAGCUUAAAAAACAUUACUAAACUAAAGCCAUGGAAAUUGUACGAUGUGCUUGUGGACAAAUACGAAUGGCAUCCUGACGAAGCAAAAGGUUUCACAGAGUUUCUCCUGCCUAUGCUUGAUUAUAAUCCAUUACUGCGCUCAACUGCUGCCAAAAGUGUCCAACAUCCUUGGCUGGACUCAGCUGCCAACGAUACAAUGUCCACAGCUCAUCAUCAUCAUCAACAGCAACAAAAACGUACAAGCAGUAGUAAUAUUGAUAAUACAGUAGUCAUUGAUAAACUUGUCUAAGAACGCGAGGUUUCCGUUGUCAGUGAAUGAGUUUUCUUCCGAAAGAAAAAAAAAUGAACAAAAAUCUUCCCUCUCUCAUAUUCUUAUGAAAUUUUUCAUUCGCAUCUUUUAAAAAUUUCUAAUUUCCUUUUCUACAAACAAAGACAAAAAAACUAAAACGCCGUAACUUUUUCACUUUCCUAUCGAAUAACGCGUAGUUUUAGAUAGCUCAAACUAACGGGAGACAAAGACUCGUGUAAUCAGACAUUAGCGAGGUCUUUAAUCAACUACACUUACUCAGAACGAAAAACCAAAUAUUUAACCAAAUUACAUACUACAAUCUAGUAUAUAACAUUGAUUUUACAAAACAUGAAAAAAGGGAAUUUAAAAGUAGGUAAAAAAAAAACUAAAAAGAUUUAUAAAAUUAGAAAAAUCUUUGUACUAUUGUAAAAAGUUCUCUAAAAUUGAGGACGACAAAUAUAAACAUAAAUUUAAAAAAAAUGCUGAUGAUUGAUUUACUUUUAAAUUUUAAACGUAAAUAAACUAAUUGAUGACAUACAUUAUUAUUACAUAUUAAAUAGAU